AUGCGAGAACCCAUCCGUAUCUUGGUUAAAAAGGAAGAACUGACCUUGGAGGGUAUCCGGCAAUUUUAUGUGAAUGUUGAACGCGAGGAGUGGAAGCUUGAUACCUUGUGUGAUCUGUACGAAACUCUGACCAUCACGCAAGCUGUGAUAUUCAUCAACACAAGGAGGAAGGUCGACUGGCUCACAGAGAAGAUGCAUGCUCGUGACUUUACAGUCUCGGCCCUGCACGGAGAUAUGGACCAAAAAGAGCGAGAUGUGAUCAUGCGGGAGUUUCGGUCUGGUUCCAGCCGUGUCCUUAUAACCACAGAUUUACUGGCCAGAGGCAUUGACGUCCAGCAAGUCUCCUUGGUCAUAAACUAUGAUCUACCGACCAACCGUGAAAAUUAUAUCCACAGAAUUGGCCGAGGAGGGCGAUUCGGUAGGAAAGGUGUGGCCAUUAACAUGGUGACUGAGGAGGACAAGCGAACCCUGAAAGACAUUGAGACAUUUUACAACACCACCAUUGAGGAAAUGCCUAUGAAUGUGGCAGACCUGAUCUAA